UGAAUGCUGCGCUGUGAUUGGAUGGUGGCUGCUUGUCAGGAAGAAAGCUGCUGUAUUGAGGCCGAAAACUCAGACACAACCAGGACCUGGACGCCACUGGAAUAUUUCAAGGGAAUGGAUUUAAAGUCUACUGGACACUCGGAAGGUAUUUUUCAGUAGCUGAGCUUCAGAGGAGCACCGUUUAAGUCUCCGUGCUGCCGCUGUCUUGUGCCAUCGUGGCGGUUUCUCCCUCCGACUGUGUCUCUGGCUGCUGGUCACAGUAAUCCAGAGCCGACGCUGUUUUAAUGAGACUGAGGCUGCUGUGUGGCGACGCAGCCACAAACCUGACAGAGAUUUAAGUCUUCAUCCUGCCGGGAGGAAACCUGAAGGCUCAGCUGUUGUUGCUGCUCUCCGGGGCUAACAGCUGAAGCUGCUGGACAUCCCGAUAAAGCUCCAACUACAUGGAAGAAGUGAACGGCGAGGCACCGUGUCGUUUUGCGCCAGAAGUGUUAUGAUCGACCUCCAGACAGCCGUCUCCCUCUGAGCCAGCACCGAGCUUCACUGCUCCGGUUCAUACACUGACUGGUCCUGGAAGCAGCAGUUUGAAGCCUCUCUGCAUCAGUGCCAUGAAUCAGCCUGGAUAACAGCUGCUACCCACAUAGAGGUCACUUUACCUCAUUUUCCAUUAGCCUUGUUCCAGAGGAUGCUGGGAAUGUGUCGUGGGCGCAGGAAGUUCCUGGCGGCCUCCCUAGUCCUACUCUUCAUUCCAGCACUCACCUGGCUUUACCUGUCAGUCGGUAGCUUUCAAGUGAAGCCCCUUCCCCUGUCUCCUUUGGAAGCCCAGUCAUCCACGCUGGUGGGUGGAGCCGGUGAGCGGCAGGCCUUAGAGCUGAGAGUCCGUGCGGUGGAGGAAGAGAACAGGGCACUACGCCGGGAGCUCAGUCGGCCACCUAGGAGCCCGUCUGCACGCCUUCCAAAUAGCAGUAACCAUGGCAACCAAAGCCGAACCCAUUCAGAGGAAGGCACUGGCGACAAUGAGGGCCAGAAAGCUGCAGCAGUGGGAAACAGCUCAGACUGUGUGCAGCAGCCAGUGGUGGAUAAGUGUGAGACCAUCCAUGUGGCCAUUGUAUGUGCAGGUUACAACGCAAGUCGAGAUGUGGUGACACUGGUCAAGUCUGUCCUCUUUCACAGGCGGAACCCCCUUCAUUUCCAUUUUAUCACAGACUCCAUUGCUCAGCAGAUCCUGUCCUCUCUGUUCCACACCUGGAUGGUUCCUGCCGUCAAGGUGGAUUUCUACGACGCAGAUGAACUAAAAUCCGAAGUGUCAUGGAUCCCCAACAAACAUUACUCUGGGAUUUACGGGCUGAUGAAGCUGGUGCUCACCAAGACACUACCAUCAGAUCUACAAAGAGUCAUUGUACUGGACACAGACAUCACCUUUGCUACGGACAUCGCUGAACUCUGGGCCGUGUUCCAUAAAUUCAAAGGUCAGCAGGUUCUGGGUCUGGUGGAGAACCAGAGCGACUGGUACCUCGGGAACCUGUGGAAGAAUCAUCGACCCUGGCCUGCUCUGGGCAGAGGCUUCAACACUGGGGUUAUUUUGCUUCUCUUGGAUCGACUACGGAAGCUCAGAUGGGAGCAGAUGUGGAGGUUGACGGCAGAAAGGGAACUAAUGAGCAUGCUGUCCACCUCUCUGGCAGACCAGGAUAUCUUCAACGCUGUGAUCAAACAGAACCCAUUCCUGGUUCACCAGCUGCCCUGCUUCUGGAAUGUCCAGCUGUCGGACCACACCCGCUCAGAGAAAUGCUACAAAGAUGUGUCAGACCUGAAGGUGAUCCACUGGAACUCUCCUAAGAAGCUGCGAGUAAAGAACAAGCAUGUGGAGUUUUUCCGCAACCUUUAUCUUACCUUUCUGGAGUACGAUGGUAACCUGCUGCGUAGGGAGCUGUUUGGCUGUCCCAGCGAGGCCGACCACAACAGUGAAAAUCUCCAGAAGACUCUGUCAGAGCUGGAUGAAGAUGAUCCUUGUUACGAGUUUCGUAGAGAGCGAUUCACUGUCCAUAGAACACACCUCUACUUCCUCCACUAUGAGUAUGAACCCAGCUCUGACAACACUGAUGUCACUCUUGUCGCCCAGCUCUCGAUGGACAGGCUGCAGAUGUUGGAGGCCAUCUGUAAGCACUGGGAAGGUCCCAUCAGCCUGGCCCUGUACCUGUCAGAUGCUGAAGCCCAGCAGUUCCUGCGCUACGCUCAGGGUUCCGAAGUGCUGAUGAGUCGUGGAAAUGUAGGUUACCACAUUGUCUACAAAGAGGGACAGUUCUACCCAGUCAACCUGCUGCGAAACGUGGCCAUGCGGCAGGUCAACACACCCUACAUGUUCUUAUCAGACAUUGACUUCCUUCCCAUGUACGGCCUCUACGAAUACCUCAGGAAGUCAGUAGUGCAACUGGACAUGGCCAACAACAAGAAAGCUCUGGUGGUUCCUGCCUUUGAGACACUGCGAUAUCGCCUAUCAUACCCAAAGUCUAAAGCUGAGCUACUGUCUCAGCUGGACAUGGGCACCCUCUUCACCUUCAGGUACCAUGUGUGGACUAAAGGCCACGCACCAACAAACUUUGCCAAAUGGCGGACAGCUACCACACCUUACAGGGUGCAAUGGGAGGCCGACUUUGAGCCCUACGUCAUGGUGAGGAGGGACAGUCCUGAGUAUGACCGCCGCUUUGUGGGCUUUGGCUGGAACAAAGUGGCUCACAUUAUGGAGCUGGAUGCACAGGAGUACGAAUUUGUGGUUCUACCCAAUGCUUACAUGAUCCACAUGCCUCACGCGCCCAGCUUUGAUAUCACUAAGUUCCGUUCCAACAAGCAAUACAGAGUCUGUCUCAAGACCCUGAAGGAGGAGUUCCAACAAAACAUGUCACGGCGCUACGGCUUUGCCGCCCUGAAGUACAUGACAGCUGAGAACAACAGCUAGCCACCACUGCAGACCCUCACAACCCAGGCCAUGAACUACUGACACACUCCAUGGGGUGGGGAAGGGCAAGGCACAAGAAACAGACAGCCCAUGUGGGGUCAGUGGGAUACUUUGAGACUUGAGUCCCUCAGACUUUGUUAGAACAUUUGACCCUCAGUGUGGGACUGCAAGGGUCUUUAUGUCCAUACUUUGUCCUGCUGUGCUUAGAAGAGAUAAUCCAGGAGGAGGUGUACUUCUGCCGGGAUGUUAAAGCUGUGAAGGGCAACAUGAGUGACUGCUGGGCCUGGGCCCCAGCUGUGUGAGCACGGAGUCCCAUCUGUGGACUCUAACAGAAAGCAGGCAAAGGGAAGCAGACAUCCGAUGCCAUAUUUGUAAGACCAGUGACAGUUGUGGGCUUUGUGUAACAUUAUGUAUGUAUGUAUGUGGGUGUAUGUGUAGGGAAAUGAAAAAUGUGACUGUGUGUGUGUGUGUGUGUGUGUGUGUGUGUGUGUGUGUGUGUGUGUGUGUGUGUGUGUGUGUGUGUGUGUGUGUGUGUGUGUGUGUGUGUGUGUGUGUGUGUGUGUGUGUGUGUGUGUGUGUGUGUGUUCCUCCAGAAUGGCGCUUAGCAAAAAGCUUUUGGAGAACUGAAGAUGGGAAGCAAUGUCUGCACGCUGCAAAGAGGAAAGCCUUCCAAGUGCCAUGAAGUAACAAAAAGCUGCCGGUUUGACUGACAGCACACCCCGACUCAAAUGCAAAUUGUCAGCAGGCGGUGAGAUAAGACAAAGCGGUAUAUGUGUCCACAAAGAUUUUGAAAAUCUCAUUCUGACGAGUGACACAUACCCAAGAUAUGGAGGCGAGCAGCCCAGCCAGCCGACCAUCUGCUGCUGCUUAAUUUGUUUCAUAGCUGAUACAGAUCAGAAUAAAUCCUCCUCCUCAUAUGACAAGGGACGUUAAGUGCAAGGAUGGCUGGAGGUCAUCCACUCGGUUGAUAUUCAGGGUAUCUCUACAUCAGCCUGAGCGUGCUGCUAGAGAGCGUUCCACUGUUUUGUUAGGACUAAGAAUCUAACAGCAAUGGUGUGCUGUAUUUUUCUGUGUAUUUCAAAUGUGACUCCAGUGCAGCCUGCACAAACACAUGCUGCACCGAGCAGCAUCAAGGCCAAGCACCGAUCACUGAGCUCUCCGUUUACCCUUCUUUCCAACAAUCAGUAUUAUUUUUGGUGUGUUUACAGUCCUGAUAUGUGCAGCGGUCUCCUCAGUGCACCAUCAAGAGGAUGUAGGAGGAUAGGAAGGACAGUUUAAACUCUCAAACUCUGUGAAAAUCCAACAGUUACAGCUUCUUGCUCUCAUGCUCUUUCUGUUUUUUGUCAUGGUGGCCUCUAGUUCACAGCAUUAUAGCUGCCGUAUCAGUCAAUAACACACUGGCAGUGUGUGUUCUUGUGUUGCUGGCACUUAGACGAGUCAUGGUGAUGCUGAUAUUGGUGUGUUAUGGAUAUUCUGUCUCCUCUAUUCAGCGACUGCUGCAAACAAAUCUUGUGUUAUCUCGAAAGACUGUAGACACCAUGAGCAGACUGACAGUCACAAAAAUAUUUUAAUAUUAGGUAAGACCAAAAACAUCCUUGUUUGCAGUAAGGGGUGUCCUGUCAACUUUUUGGGCAUCUGAAUUUUUUAAUUGCAAUUCUAUGAGUGACCACUGGGACAAACUGAUCAUUGUCAGUGAUAAUAAUGCGUUUAAGCCCAGGUCCCCCCACCACCCCGCACUUGGCUGUGCAGCACUUUUAACGUAGUGGCCGAGCUGCAUUACUGCUUCUUCUGCAUUCAUUGCUUGAGGCACACUGGCCCCAAAAGCAUUUUUUUCCACACACAUCCUCAAAAUGACUUAUCAAAUUUUGAUGCAGUCAGUCCAACAAUAUUUCCAGUGUGUAGAACUGACGUAUGACAGGAAUUGAGUUGGCUCCAAUGACAGGUGCAUGCUCUAGACAGAUUCAACUGAGCGGUAACAGAUGAGCAUGCUCCAUGACCUCGGAAUUCCAGAAGCAUGUGGUACAUCUGGGUACCUCCUGGAAUAAGCUUUAAAAAUGUUAACAUACACACCAGUGAGAAACUUUCAUUUAAAUAAUGGAGGGCCCAUCUUGGAGUCCAUUCAUCCAUCCAUUCCUCAGUUUUCUUCCACUUUCAGUAUCAGCUGAAAGUAGAGCAUUCCAAACAUCUCUCUCUCCACCAGAGAUUCCCAGUUCUCUCCCACUACAUAUUUGAGUUUAUUAGGUCUGUUCAGCCAUCUCAUCCUUAUCGUAGAUUUCAAAUCCAGCUUAGUACAUGCUUAGCCAUAUUGCCUGCUAUUCUCAGUGGAUAAUGUGUGAUGUGACUACAAAACAAGAGGAUCUUGACCUCACCUUUGGACUGUAUUUUUCAAUUUUUGUUUUACCACCAAGAAUGUCCACAUUUUUAUGUGCAAUGUUAAGCCAAAACAAAUUAGAAGUCCUAAAAACUUACUAAAUAUCAACAAAUUUAUCUCCUCCAUAACAACUGGCCCAGGCCUACCCAACUGGCUCCAGGGGAUCAGGUGGUCCUUGGUAAACAGAGCUCAGAUAAAGAUGUCAGUCUGAAUCAAACUAGCUUUCAGUCCAUAUAUUGUGAAACUAGAGGCCGCUAUCUUGUGCUCUCUCUCUCUCUCUCUCUCCAUAUAAAUAUAUAUAUAUAUAUAUAAAUAUAUAUAUAUAAAUAUAUAUAUAUAUAUAUAUAUAUAUAUAUAUAUAUAUAUAUAUAUAUAUAUAUAUAUGCGCUGAUCAGGUCUAACAUUAUGAUCCACCUGCCUACUAUUGUGUUACUAGUGUUGUGUUUUCCCCACUUCACGUUAAUGUUUUAUGUCAUCAAACAUCAAAGCUACCUAGCCCUGGGUGAGAAAAUAGUUGCCUCCUAAACUUAAUAACUGGUUGGGUCACUCUCAGCAGCAACAACUGAAAUCAAGUGUUUUCUAGAAUGCCAAUGAGUCUUUCACAUCUCUAUGGAGAUAUUUUGGCCCACUGGUUUUGGAGCAUGAGCAGUUUUUUAAAGCCACGCCAGCAUUUCAUUUGGAUUCAAGUCCAGACUUUGACUAGGCCACUCCAAAGACUUUGUUUUGUUUUUUAAAACCAUUCAGAAUUCAACUUGCUGAUGUGUUUUGUAUUGUUGUUCUGCUGCAGAACCCAAGUGUGUUUCAGGUUGAGGUCACAAACUUAUGGCUGAACUUUCUCCUUCAGGAUUUUCUGGUAGAGAGCAGAAUUCAUGGUUCCAUCAAUCACAGCAAGUUGUCCAGGUCCUGAAGCAGCAAAGCAGCUCCAGACCAUCUCACUACCACCACCAUGUUUGACUGCUGGCAUGAUGUUCUCUUUCUGAAGUUCCUUUUACACCAGAUGUAACGAGACACACACCUUCCAAGAAGUUCAACUAUGGUCUUGUCAGUCCAUAGAACAUUCUCCCAAAACUCUUGGGGAUCAUUCAGAUGUUUGUUUGCAGAAGUAUGACAAGCCUUUAUGUUCGUUUUGGUUAGCAGUUGUUUCCCCUUGGAGCUCUGCCAUAGGUGCCAUUUUUGUCCAGUCUCUUCCUUAUUGUUGAGUCUUGAACACUGACCUUAAAUGAGGCAAGGGAGGCCUGCAGUUCUUCAGAUGUUGUACUGGGUUCAUUUGUGACCUCCUGGAUGUGUUGUCGCUGUACUCUUGGGGUAAUUUUGGUUAACCGGCCGCUGCUAGGAAGGUUCACCACCGUUCCAUGUUUUCUCCAUUUUUAGACAAUGGAGUCCUAAAGCUUUAGAAAUGGCUUCAUUACCCUUUCCAGAUGGAUAAAUGUCAAUGACUUUAUUUCUCAUCAUUUCUUUGGAUCACAGCAUUUUGCUACAGCUUUUUGAGAUCGUUUGGCCAACUUCAUAUUGUCAGACAGGUUCUAUUUAAGUGAUUUCUUGAUUGAACAGGUCUGGAGGUAAUCAGGUGUGAAUGCGGUCAGUGAAAGUGAACUCGCUUUUCAAAAAAAUGUGAUUAGCCACAGUUAAUUCAUGAUUUAACAAGCGGGGGGCAAUUACUUUUUCAGACAGGGCCAGGUAGGUUUGGAUAGCUUUUAUCACUUUAAACAUUAAUCAUCAUUUAAAAACUGCAUCUGUAUUUACUUUGGUCAUCUUUGUGUAUGUAUAUAUGUGUGUGUGUAUAUAUGUAUAUAUAUAUAUAUAUAUAUAUAUAUAUAUAUACAUACAUACAUAUACAUAUAGUCACAUUGUAUCGGGCUGGGCGAUAUACCUGAAUAAUGUACCAUGAGAAAGUGUUUCAUAUCAUGUUUCAUGUAUUGUAAUUUAACCACCUCACUUACCUUCUCAGCUACUUUGCAUGUAAGCUUUUUAUUUAUCAAACCACACAACACAGAAUUUUAAUGUUAACAAUGAAAAAUGCCCACAAAUAAAUAUAUUAACACAUGAACAAUAAAUGAGAGGGAUAGAGAUUAAGGAAUCAUCUAUCCUUGAUACAAAAUAAGAAAUACAGCAAGUAAUUCCAUCUCAAACUUUGUCAUGUAAGCUACUAUCUGCGUAAACUGACCAGACAUCAUUAUUAAUCAUUAAACUAAAGUUCAGAGCAACCAGGACAAAGCUGCCCUGGAACAGCUGUCAGUCGACAGAAACCUUGAUUUGAUCCUAAUGCAAACUCUAAGGUCAUGUCCGUCCAUCUCAAGGCACCAAGAAUGGAGCCAUGGGGUGAGCAGCACAGGACAUAGAGGCUCCAUUAUCAAAGGAUAUGAUGGGCUGUUAAUAAGCCAGCAAGGGAGCAGCUUGUGGUUUGUUCAUGCAGUCAAAUCUUGUUACUGAUGAAAUGUCUUUUGCUGAUACAUAUUGGUAUCAUCGCCCAGACCUAAUACACUCUUUUUCUUUUUCUGUCUCUCUCUCUCUCUUUCAUACACACACACACACACACACACACACACACACACACACACACAUUCUCUCUCUCUGUGUCAUGACAGCAGCCUCUCAACCUGUACAGGGAAGCAGCAGAAGGGUUCGGUGCAUGAGUGGGUUGAGAAGUGUGACUGAAUAAGCUGUGUCUGAUUGUUGUGUGAUGUACUGUGUGUGGACAUGUGAAAAUUUGAAGUUUGAAUCUUUUCUGAAUGUAUGUGUGUGGCUUUGUAGGGCUGAAAAGGACUGCAGUGUGUAAGCAGGACAGUGACUGAUGCUGCUACCUGAAUAAAAGCAACGAGUCAAGUA